AUGCCUGAAGACGUUAAACGUUGUGUUCUUGCCUAUUCCGGUGGUUUAGACACCUCUUGUAUCCUUGCCUGGCUUAUUGAACAAGGAUGGGAGGUGAUUUGCUAUAUGGCUAACGUUGGCCAAGAAGAAGACUGGGAAACUGCCCGUCAAAAGGCAAUGGGUGUGGGUGCCAAGAAGGUUUACAUCGAAGACUUGCGCGACGAAUUUAUCCAUGACACCGUCCUUCCCGCUGCCAAGUGUAACGCGAUUUACGAAAACGUUUACCUUUUGGGUACUUCCCUUGCACGUCCCAUCAUUGCUCGUCGUCAAAUCCAGAUUGCUGAGAAGGAAAACUGCAUUGCUGUUUCUCACGGUUGCACUGGUAAGGGCAACGAUCAAGUUCGUUUCGAGCUUGCUUACUAUGCCUUGAAGCCUGAUAUCCAAGUUAUCGCUCCCUGGCGUCUUCCUGUUUUCUUCGAUCGGUUUGCUGGACGUACUGAUUUGUUGAACUAUGCCGCUGAAAAGGGCAUCCCUGUUACUCAAUCUAUCAAGAAACCCUGGUCAAUGGAUGAAAACAUUGUUCAUUGCUCUUAUGAAGCUGGUAUUCUCGAAGAUCCCAGUCUCGCUCCUCCCACUGACAUGUGGACCCUUACCGUCGAUCCUAAGGAUGCUCCUGAUGAAGAAGAGGAAAUCGCCGUUCAUUUUGAAAAGGGUAACCCCUGCAAGUUAGAGUGUAAAGAUGGUGAGUUUACCGAUGUUGUCAAGAUCUUUAACCAAUUGAAUACUAUUGCUCGUCGCAAUGGUGUUGGUCGUAUCGACAUUGUCGAAAACCGUUUCUCCGGAUUGAAGAGCCGUGGCUGUUACGAGACCCCUGGCUUAACCAUUCUUCGUUCCGCUCACAUGGAUUUGGAGGGUUUGACCAUGGAACGUGAAGUUCGUGCCUUGCGUGACCAAUUCGUUACUUUCAACCUUUCUAAGAUCCUCUACAACGGCCAAUACUUCUCUCCCUGCACUCGUAUGCUUUUGGCUGCUAAUGAUGUUUCUCAGGAAGUUGUUAAUGGUGUCGUUAAGAUUGCUGUUUAUAAGGGCAAUGUCAGUGUCCGUGGACGCAAGUCUGAUACCGCUCGUCUCUACGAUGAGAAGCUUACUUCAAUGGAUGAACUUGGUGGUUUCGACCCUACUUGGACUUCUGGUUUCAUUCAAAUUGAAUCCAUUCGCUUGCGCAACUCCGAUGAAGGCAAGUACUGGCUUUAA